CGCUAACUCUGGGUAAAGAAUGCGGGCAAUGCGUGUCAAAUUGUGGCAACAAAGAGAAUGCUCUCUAAGGUGCGUGUUUCUUUGGGAUAUCGCGUCAAUGAAAAGACAAAAGGCGAAAUUAAUUAGGAGAUUUUAGAGAUAAUUUUUCUUUGGGCGCGUGAUAACACUAUAGAGUAGUUUUUCCAUUCGUGUAACCUAAUCCGCAUAAAGAAACACGCAUAUCAUUUCGCGUUUUUCAAAGGAAAAUAACAGGACCGUAUGGUCUAAAAGCUGUUGACUCAAAAACUCGUGUUUUGCGAGAUAAUUGCUCAAACCACUUAUAUACAAAUGUGAUUUGGCAGCUUCUAAAAUGUUGUCUUUGUCCUAACAAGGUUACUGUGAUAGCGUUGACAGUUUAAUUCAAUUUAUCUUCGGUAUCCAACUUUGACGGGCUGUCGCGCUAAUUGAAUUACUCCAUGCGCUCUCGAAAGCUGAUUGGUCGUUGGGUUAGGUAAAUACUUUAAUUAAUUAGUCAUCAAUUUCGCACAAGCUGUAUAAUUUAAUUGACGCAUCCGCAGGCUGGGUGAAUACUCAGAGGUGGCUUGUGCUCGGUGGGUUACGAAUCAAAGGCUCGCGGCGCUACAGAGCUACCUCUCCUUCUUUUACUGUGCCACGAGAUAUCAAACCAUCAUUUGUCUACGCUUCGACCGGCUUUCACUAAAAGAUACUAUUCACAAUGGAGACGCACAGGAAUGGGAAUGAUUCGUCUUCUGUAGGCGAGGACAACUUCAAUGAGAGAAAAUCAGGACAUGGUGACAAAACCACCAAUAACAGAGUGUUGCCAUUUUCUAUCGAAGCAAUUCUUAGCGCCCCGCAUCCGAAGAAACAUUCACCAGUUACAAGGAAAGUGUCUCAUUGGUCAUCACAAGGAACCUCUAUGGAAUCACCUCCAGCUAUUUUAACUCUGGAGGACUUUACAAGUAGUAAUUUACCGGACGAUAAAUCUAAAGAACCAGAAACCGCCGAAAUAGGUGAGAUUUAACUCCUGGCGUUAUUUACCUCACAGGCAAAAGCCACGAAGCUUUAGUACGAGUAUUAGAUUAAAAAAAUCUAUUUCUUUCCUUCUAGUAAACACGUCUUGAAAUUUCAACCGUUUAGCGCCACAAAUCUGCUUGCGCAGCCUUGAACAAAUACUCAGUGACCCUGAAGCAAUUUUGAAGCAAUCGAAAGCUAGUUUCAGCAUUGGUGUUUACUUACGAUUUGCAUAACUCAAGCGUGCUUAUUUUCUUUUCUCUGCUUUUUCUUCUAUUCCUUCAACAAAGCGACUUUUUGUGCGUUAGAUAAAAUUCAGUAGCGUGAUUAAUGAUAUGAUGCCAUUACCAUCUUAUAGCUUCAAGAAACCUUCAGCAAAAGCUGAUGGCAUUUCAAGCAAGACUCAACGCCAGAAAACGGAGAAAAGCAAGAACUUGCUUUACGAAUCAACAGAUAUUUGAGCUUGAGAGACGAUUUGUGUACCAGAAGUACCUAUCUCCUUCAGACAGAGACGAAAUUGCGCACUCUCUGGGAAUUUCUGGUGCACAAGUAAUCACAUGGUUCCAGAACAGAAGGGCGAAAUUUCGACGGGAUCUUGAGGAGCUCAAAAGCGACGUUCAAGCAGCGAAAAUUAUGGACAAUAAGCAAGUGAGCCGAUUGUGCAAACGUUUGGAAAUUUAAUGUCUCACAAGGUGGUUCAAUUGACACAUUCAGGUUUCUUCCGGCACUCUGCAGUCUUACAUGUGUAUAAUCCACCUAACACAACACAAGUAAGCGUUCACUUUGUAUACGCUUUUCGAGAAUCCGUUUUCUUCAAUACCCGCAUUUUCCCUAACAGACACCUGAAAUUUGACAGAUGAAUUUUCUGCCUCAAGUACGGAAAUUUUUUUAUUUAAAAGCGACUCUCUCCUAUGAGAGAUUAGAGAGACUACUCGUUGAGUUUGUAGUGGAUGGCUUGCGUCUCUUUUGUUGGCCUUUUUAAUGAAUCUGUUGAAGAAAUCUGCUUAAAUAACAUGAUUUGUCUCGAGGUUAAAUACUCUGGUUAGACUGUGCCGGCCGCAUUCAUAAAUCACUGAAUGCAGUGACACAUCUAAAGUAAGAUGCUAAAUGAACGAUAAAUCAACUGGCUGUCUACUUAUCCAACUUCACUGAGUCGGUCGGCUUUACUGUCGAAUAAAAGGUCAGGGACAAGCUCCGGAUAUUGCGUUUUAAAAUUCUUGCGUGGUUUAAAAUUGAAUUGCCUGCCUUUCGUUUGCUUUCUUCCACUCGAAUUUGAUUGGUUUAUCAAUGAAUAAUUUCCUUAAAUCUAGCAUGCGUACUCUAUGCAAGACGGUGUCAAAAGAUAAAACAGGAAAACAGGAAACCAGAGCAUCGUUCAUAGCUAAAAUUACGAAGGGUUGUAAAUAUUACAUAUUUGUCAAGUUUAGCUGUUGGUGUACAUGGAAAUAAAUAACAC